AUGCCGCUAAUCCAACUAGAGCCACAUCUGUUCACCAGCCUCCCCCGUCACCCAGAUCUUCAAGGGGAUGACAACACCCCAGAUUUACGGGGGUUCAUCCACGCCACCCUAGUUGAAGUUCAGCCUCUUCUUAACCAGUUCCCGUCAACAUUGAAACCAGACUGCAAGCUGCGCUCUUCUCCGCCCUCAAAGGCACAGGUGAAACUUUCACGAGGAUGGCGAACACUGCAAUCCCCCCAAGAGGGCUCAACCCCCAAAAAGGAAUUCUGGGUCUGUCGCCAAAGCGACCACCAAGACUCUAAUCGUCUGCCUGGAACAGUUUCCCUCUGGGAAUUCCACGACGGGUUGCGAUACAACCAUGCUGAGCACGAGAUGGAGUACACACCCAGCGUGACGAGCGUAAAGCAACUGCUGAAGUGGAACGAGCCGAGAGAAUGGGAUCUCAACGAACCAAUUACAGUCGGAGACAUGAACUACAAGCAUUUCGAGGUCGAACUCAAUCUUAUUGUCCACAGCUUCCAUCCAAGCGCGCUAAUCCGGCCGCGGGCCUUCAUCUCCUGGACUAUGUCGGCGACCUUCGCCAGCACACACCCAGCAAGCCAGUCCAACCCAGGCCACGGAUUUAUGACUGUACAGAUUCCUUUCUAUUUGACUAAGCCAAUCAUCCCGGGAUCCCAGUACGAGGGACUCUACGCACAGAUCAUGGAUGCCGUCCCGCAGCGCGCGGUCUUCGCUUACUAUGCCAGUCUCGAGCGGGUUGAGCGUGUGCCGCCUCCUACCCCGCUAGCUUCCGGUCUGCCGUCUGCGGCGGAUUCGAAUAACCCUGCUACAUCUCCUGAUCGUUAUCUUCGGUGGACUAUGUUGACGACUUCUGAGGCUGGUGGAAAGAUUCCUAAGUGGGUUCAGCGGAGCUGGACGCUGGGUGGAGUGCCGCGGGCUGUUGUUUCCGAUGUGGGAUUGUUUAUUCGGUGGACUAUCGAGCGGAGAGAGAGAAGAUUGGAGCAGGAUUCUCAAAUGGGGGAGGGCUAA